AUUCGAAUUCACUGCCGUCUUUUACAGUGCCCGAAGCCGCGUUGUCUUGGUUUGCCUUUUUUUGGCUAUACUGUGUGAACGAACUACCACCACGGAAUCUAGUCGCCAACAACCGAGUAGACCCAGCCAUGACCGGCGAUCUUCAUCGGAUCAGAAAGGACGACCCGUUCCUCAUGCACUACCAGCCAUCAGACCUCCGCGUUGCAUCUGAAUUCUUGACGACGUGGCUCCCCUUCCUCUCCAGAGAUCUUUGUCACAAGUGCACUCAAAUCCUCUCUGACCGCAUCCGUUCUCUCGACCCAGAACUUGAUGAUGAAGCAGAAGCUUUGCAUUCAGAAAAGAGUGAAACAUCUUUGUCUCCUAACAAUGGGGAAUCAGGGGAGACCAAAGAGAAUUCUGAGGAUAACUGCGACACACAUUCCCAAGGUAGUGGCAAAGAUGGGGCUGAUACAAAUUCAUUGGGUAGUUGGAAAGAUGGGGCAAGUGGGUGCUGUGAACCACACAUGGAAGCUUCUAGUAGUGGGUUAGCCUCAGGAUCACCUUCUGUUGACACCACCCCAGGUCCUAGAAUAUCUUGGGCUGACAUGGCACAGGAAGAUGAGCUUGAAGAAGAAGAAGAAGAAGAAGAGGAAGAAUCUGAAUUGAAUAAGCGAGUUGUAAAUAUGAGUCCUUUGAGUGGAGACUUGACAGUGUCAAAGGUUAUUGAGAAGCCUAAGCUUUCUAGGGAUCAGAGAGAGUACAUUCGGUUCAUGAAUGUCAAAAGGAAGAAAGAUUUUAUUUGCUUGGAGAGAGUUAAAGGGAAGAUUGUUAACAUUCUUGAGGGGCUUGAACUUCACAGUGGCAUUUUCAGUGCUGCAGAACAGAAAAGAAUAGUUAAAGAAGUUUAUGCCCUUGAAGAGAAGGGCAAAAGGGGGGAAUUGGCAGAGCGGACUUACUCAGCACCCAAGAAGUGGAUGAGGGGCAAAGGGCGUGUAACCAUUCAGUUUGGUUGUUGUUACAAUUAUGCCAUUGAUAAAAUGGGCAAUCCUCCAGGCAUUCUCCAAAAAGAAACUGUGGACCCUUUGCCUUCUCUUUUCAAGGUGAUCAUUAGAAGAUUGGUCAGGUGGCACGUUCUUCCUCCAAGCUGUGUACCUGACAGUUGCAUUGUGAACAUCUAUGAAGAAGGGGAUUGCAUACCUCCUCACAUUGACAACCAUGAUUUCGUCCGACCCUUCUGCACUGUGUCAUUUCUUAGCGAGUGCAAUAUUGUAUUUGGGUCGAACUUAAAGAUUUUGAAUGCGGGAGAGUUUGCUGGCGCAACUGCUCUUCCCCUUCCUGUGGGGUCUGUUCUUGUUCUAAAUGGAAAUGGGGCUGAUGUGGCGAAGCAUUGUGUUCCUGCAGUUCCCACGAAGAGAAUAUCAAUCACAUUCAGAAAAAUGGAUGAAUCAAAGAGGCCGAUUUGGUUUGUUCCAGAACCUGAUUUGCAAGGGAUUCAACCAUUAUCAUAUGAAACAGACAGAGAGAAAAGGUUUGAUUCUCCUAACUCUGAUGGCCGUACUAAGGGGCAGCCUUUUAGAAGACAUGGUCCUCAAUCAGAGCCGCAUUACUUGACUCGGACAAGGCAAGGGCCUAUUCAUAAGCGAAGUUUGAGGCCUUUCAACUAAUGCAGAGGGGUACUAUAUUAUUUAUAUGUUUGUACAUGAUUAUAGGUGUGAACGGUUUCAAAGUGACUAUUGAUGCAUAUGAGUUGGAGUUGGUUUCGGUUAGCCAGAAGGGAUAGAUAAGAAUGGUUUUAUGUUAUUUUUGCUCGAGUUUUGGUAGGUCUUGUUUGAUCUAGUAAUUUACUGAGGUUAUACUGGCUUGAAGCACAGAUGGAACCCAAUAACUUUGGAUUCUGUAGUUUUAGGCUGCUUGUCUGAUGGAUUUGUUUCUUGGAGAUGCUGAGCUGCACAUCGAUUGUACCGGCAUGGUAUCCAUGUAUUGUAUCAUAUUGAGUCUUUCCACAUUUUCUUUUCUCAGAUUCUAUUUGGAGUGUAAUAUUUGUGACAAUUACAAGAACUCAAGUAUUCCUUGUUACAUUGUAUUACAUACAGACUUCCCCUUGAUGAUUUUCUGAUUAAGGUUUUAGUUGUGAA